AAAGAAGAUAAAAACAACCGUAGAAGGUUCAGCGUCGACAGUGCACGAAGUCCCCACUUGGCUCGAGCUCAUCUUCUGCGGGUCAUCAUGGCAUUCAGUUUCGGCGGCUCUGCUUCUGCCGCUGCCAGCGCUGCCGGUGCCGGCUUGGGCGGUGCAGGCGCGGCCGCUGCCUCCGCCUCCGCCGCUUUCAGUGGUGCGAUCAACCUAGGCCUCCUGAGCUUUGGUGGAGGACAAGGUGGGGGUGGAGGGUUCAGAGGAGGACAAGGUGGGGGUGGAGGGUUCAGAGGAGGACAAGGUGGGGGUGGAGGGUUCAGAGGAGGACAAGGUGGGGGUGGAGGGUUCAGAGGAGGACAACGCCGUGGUGGGUUCGGAGGACGCGGCCGUGGGCGCGGACGUGGUGGAUUUCCAGGAGGCGGAGGCGGAAUCGGUGGAAUUUUCUUUACGAGAUUUGCGCGUGACGUGGGCAAGGACGAGGACGAGGACACCCACGGCCGGCUGAUGGAGAUCAUCUCCGAUCAGGACGAGAGCGGCUGCGGCAAGCGGCUGGUGUGCGAGCUGGCCGCCGCCGAAGCCGAGGACGAGCGGCAGCUGCUGAUGGAGGAGCUCGCCAUUUUGGAGUUCGUCGGCGACAUCGUCCCCGGCGAAGACCUGAGGGCUCAAGGGGCGGCCCUGGACUACAAGCUCGCCAAGGAGCGAGGUAGGGAAGGGCGCGACUGCGGUCUCCUGUACCCGUCGUGCAUCUACAACGGCACCGAGAUCAUGACGUCAGUGCUGGCUUACCUGUCUUAAAGAGCACAUUCAGCUGAGGAAAAAGCCAUCACUGCACCUCUGUACACGCAGCUGUCUGGCUUUGUGUCAUCUGUCAGGCAGGGCCUGUGCAGUUGGGACCAGUGAAUGGCAGUAGAGGAGAAGAGAGAGAGAGAGAGAGAGAGAGAGAGAGAGAGAGAGAGAGAGAGAGAGAGAGAGAGAGAGAGAGAGAGAGAGAGAGAGAGAGAGAGAGAUCUAACAGAUGGAAGACAAAAUUUGAGUACUACAGAGCCCGCAAUUCUAGCACAGGGCGCUGUUAUUCCUUUUCUCAUGAUCUUUAGGAAAUUCAAGCAUUUCACCCGUGGCUUCCUCCCUUUCGUGCACUGUCUACUCACAUCCUCACUUUAUCUGCAUUGUAUUUUCGCCUCUCUAUCUUUUGUGUUUUCCACUUGUUCGAACACUGUGUCGAUAAAAUUUCUUUUGUCGAGA